UCUCUGCCAAGGCCAUCUCCGCGGAUUUGGCUGCCCGCUGGGGUCCUCCGGCUCGGCUUCUGGGGCUCCCGGGGCUCCCCCUCCCCCGAUCGCGCCGGGGCCUCCCCUCCCCCGCCCCGCCCACGGCCCCUCCCUUCCCCCCUUAUCGCUCCCGCCCCCCACCCCCUCCAGCUCCUUCGCCAGUUCCGGUCACGUUGCUGGGUGUUUACGCCGGAGCCCGCCUCAGACCCCCGGCGCGGCGCCCCGGAGCCCCCCGCAAUCCCCCGCAGCCCCGCGGCCUCGCGGCGGUGGAUGGCACCGCAGCCGGGGCGCGCGCUGCGGAAGCCUGGGCGCAGCUAGCGGGGGACCCGCCGCCUCCCCCACCCGGCCCGGCUGGGCCCGGGCCCCGGCGGGCUGCUCCUGCAAGUCCCGAAGGUGGGGUCCAGGCCUGGGCUGCCAUGGAUACCACGUCCCUGGAGCAUCAGAUCCAGAGCGUGCAACGCCACAUCAGCUUUCUGAAGAAGGAGCAGAUGGCCCUGCUGCGAGACCUGCACCUGGAAAUCCUGAGGCUGCAGAAGCGCUGCUCAGAACUGACCCAUGACCUGGAGAUGAGAGAGGCCCAGUCUCACCAGCAAGAGGAGGCGUCCCGGGAGCUGGAGAGCAAGUGCCGCGCGCUGGAGUCGCAGCUGGCGGCGCGGGCCGCGGCCAACGCCGAGCUACGCCGGGAGGUGGCGCAGCGCGAGGCGCUGGUGUCUGCGCUGCGCUGCAGCCUGCGCUCCGAGGAGCGCCGCUUCCUGGAGGAGCUGCGGCGCCGCAGCCACCGCGCCACCGUCCUGGGCACCGAGCUACAGAAGCACACGGAAGCGGCCGCCUACCUGUCCUGCCAGCUGCACGCUGCGCGACAGAGACUGCAGGCCUCGCGCCCGGCCGCCGCCGCCACCGCCGAGCCCCGGCCCCGCCGGCGCGCACAGCGGGCCCGCCGUCCGCCCGAGGCCGCCGCCAAGGGCCCCAACCGGGACUGGGCCUCCUGGGACCGCGCCGCCGGCGGCCCGGACGACAUUGACCCCAUGCCCGACCCCGCGCUCUUCCUCUACGCCCGAAGGCCCCCUCGGCCCGGUGCCCACGGCCUGCGACAGCAGCCGCCCCACGAGCCCCCGGACCAGGGCAGCGCGCAGCCUGACGCGCCCAGUCUGCCCAAUGCGCCCGGUGACCCGGAGUAGGCGUGGGGCUCCGGGCGUCCUGCGGGUGGGUCCUGGGGACUGAGACUUCCAGUCCGGGGACCCCCCUCCCGCCUUUCGAGCCGCCUCCGCCUUUUGUAUUUCCAAACGUUUCUGAAGCUUCAAGUUCUCCCUUCCCACGAGGCAGCGCCUCUAUUGAGAAGGCUGAGCAUUUGCACCUUUGUGUAGUACUGGCAGUACUGAUCCUGACCUGGUCCCUACCUGGCCACUGGGUAGGGGCAGCGGGGUCACGUUCUGCCUCGGUAAGGCUGACAAUCCUUUGGGACGUAGGAGAAAGGCUGGCUCCAGGAAGGAAUGCAGAGCACCGUGGGCACCCCUGAGCUUCUAGCUCCCCUGCCUUGCCUCCUCUGGCCCUGCCCAGCCUUCUUCCUCCCAGGAAGAGCCAGGGCUCAGGCUGGUCCUUUACUCUGGAAAUGCUGUUCCCAUCCCCGCCCCCAUCCAAAUCCUUGCAGGUGUGCACGGAACACACCUUAGAGGUCAUAUCCUCUCAGAGUCCCUCGUGGGGCAAGUGUGGCUUGAUGGAAGUUGAACUUCUGGACCCUUAGGGUUACAGAAAGGUUUUGGUGGCAGAUCCUGACCUGGUCUAGAGUUGUCCCCAUCUCAACUCCAGGGCCUGCCACACUGAGGCUGAGAGGGUAGAAGCUGUCCUGGGGCAGUGAGGUGGGAGGGAGGUUUGUGGAAGGGCAGGCACUGGCUUUCCCCUCCUGGAUGUUGCUCUGGGAGUUUGCCUCCUCCGGUUAUUGGUGCUAAUCCUGCCCAGCUUCCUGAGCAGCUAGCUGCACUCCAAGGCUGAAAGGAGGACCUGGCUUCUUGGAAGUGGUAGAAAUUUGGGUUUGCUGAGGAGCAGAGAAAAGGCAGGAGACAAGUUAGUCCCCAGCCUAGUCCCCCUCCAGGGAUGCCCCUAAGUCUAUCCAAACCUGGUAGUGGCUGGGUGCUUCUACUGCUCCCCGUCUCAGUUGAUCGGCAAAUACUCAAACAGAAAGCAGAAAUACCCAUCCACACACACGCACACUCCCUUUUUCCCCAGCUCUCCUCACUACCAAAGGCAAAAAGUACAGCUUCCGUCCAGCUCAUUGCCUCUACCGAAGCUCAACCUAGAAACACAGUCCCCAAAGCCCCCAGGCCACCCCUUCUGGGUUGGCCCUUCAUUGAGUCUUAAGUGCCUGUGAGGUCUUCCGGGAGGUGCCCAGGGAGGACACCUUUCCCUCACUCAGACAUCUGGUCCCUGGCAGUUCCUGACCCUGGCAGAGGUGCACGUUCUGUGUCACCAGGAGUCUGCGAGGUGAAGAGUCAGCCCAGGGAUGAAGAACUUUUCCUGCUGUGCCCUGCAGUUAAUCCCCAGUCCAUGUCCUCUUCUGUGCUACAUUACAGGGAGCAGGAAUAUAGUAAAAAGCAGGAAACUGAGCACACUACAAGCCUAGUGGACAUGCAGCUCUCUCCCAUGCAGGACUGCUUAAGUUCACCAAGCAUUAAGUAGCCCUGGGCUGGGGGUCCUGCUUCUGGGGGUGAGGUAUUGGAGGUGGAGCUGGGAGACCUUGCUCUGUCUGCCUUCACCUCUGCCCAUGCCCCCAACCUGAGUCUCUAUGCUGGCAUCAGUCUCCACUCCUGUGUGUGUGACUCAUGUUCUGUGCUGCCACCCUCCCUAUCAGCCUGCUGUGUUGGAGUCUUGCUCCCCACUCUUGGGGGACUAUGGGAAGGAGGAGAAAGGACUCUUGCUGGAGGAGCCCACAUAGACUUUCAUCCCCCACAGCUACACUUUUGGGGUAAACAGGGUGAUUUUGUUAUGUUGAUUCUUCUACAGAGAUGGUAAACUCCUUUAUCCACCCAUAAUUCCCACCCACUAAAAGCCAUAGCUAUGCCCACCUGGCCUCCCUCAAAGCUCUAUAGCAAUAGCUCUCUUCCCUUUCCCCUCCUGGGUACCCAGAGUGACCAACAAGGAGAGGCCCCACCACACCCCAGUCCCUGGGAUCCUGUGGUGGCCUGCCUGCCUCUCCUCUAGUGGCCCCAUCAGCAUCUCCCAAAUCUUGUCCCUCUAACAGCAACCAGAGAUGAGAUUUGCUUGCGAUGUGCUUGACAGUCCCCCAGGUGAAAGAUUCUAAGUGUUGGGGUGGCUGGAAAAGGAAGUAAGGAACUCUUUCCCACCAAUGGGGAUGAUGGGAGACCUAGGUAGAUACAGGGUUCUAAUUUUAGAAAAGUCCAGCCAGGGGUAGUAGCACACAGCUGUAAUCCCAGCACUUGGGAGGCUGAGGCAGGAGGUUUGCCAUGAGUUCAAGGCCAACCUGGGCUACAAAGUGAGCACAAAACCAGCCUGAACUACAUAGCAAAACCUAUUUCAAAAAGACAAAAAAGUUCCCUCUCAGCUUCUCCUGGAAGUAAUGGACUAGAGAUUUUUUCCACCUGCUGGCAGGCAAAACCACAGCCUCAGGGGCUGGGAGAAGUCUUACUCUCAGCUUCAGCCCUGACCAUUACAAAGCCAGGCUUGGGGGAGCCACCUGCAAAGGACAGCACCCAGCCCAAUCCCUGGAGGGUCCAGGUGACUGAGAAGGGAAAGAGGUUUUUCUUCUCUAUUUUUCUCUGUUGCACACAUUCCCAUGGAAGGGAAAGGUGAUAGGAUAUGCAGAAUCCUGUGGGACUCCUGCCACACCCCAGGUAUGGACAGACCCAGGAGACAGAGUUGUGGAUGGAGCCUCCAUACGCUCUGGAAGCCAGCUAGUGACCAGAGGGCCAUGCACCGGGAAGCUUCAGCUCCCUCUCUGCUGUAUCCCUUCCACUAUGACCUGCACUUCAGGGGACCAGCCUGGGGCCAAAAUGAGGUAGCCUUUCUUGCACAUACGCAGCAAGAUAAGAGUCCUCCCUGAUGGUGAGGAAGGAGGCCAGAGGAUGAGGAGUAACAGCUCCUUACCUUAGGAGCUCAGGAACUCUGAGCACCCUCUCACUGAUGUGCCAGCCGCGGAUAGGGUAGCAUGCAGGGCAGAGGGAUCCUGCUCCAAAUUCUCUGUUGGCUGCGCUUUUUAAUCCAAUGCUUUUCAGAGUAUAUUCACUCACCCACAGAAAUAGAGCCCUGUGCUUUAGGGGUGACUGUCAUAUGCCUUAUUCUUAAUAAAGUAUUUUAAAAACA